AUGAGCAUCAUUCCCUCACCAGAACAGCUGGCACUCGGCGAGCCACUGCCUCCGAAUGACCCCCAUGGCGUUAGCGUCAGCUUGCCCAAAUGGGCCGACACGGUCGGUUGGGCCACCCGUGAACCACGUGUCCUGAAGGAGAUGGCUACAGGGUACCCGCGCUUCUUCAUCCCUCGAGUCGUCGACCAUCUGGCUAUGCGGCUGUUGGAGAUAUACGAAUCAAGGCACAAGUCAAACUACUAUGGUAGCAGAAGGAAUACCGGCACGAGGCUCGCCCUCCUCCUGUCCACAGGCAACCAGGCUCGGCGUUGUAGAGAGGUCCUGAGCAGAUGGAGUCCAUUGCAUUCUGAUCCCGAUAUAAGCAUACGCACCGUUCGCUGGAACGACCGAGUGAAUGGCGUCCAGGCCACCGACCGGAUGAAUGGCGUCCAGGCCACCGACCGGAUGAAUGGCGUCGGCAAUGAGGACAUCAUCCUCGUGUCCUACCCCUCGGAGCUCGCUGCGGAAGCCAAAGCCUUCUGGCAGCACACGGGUUACGGAAUAUCCAGCAGGCGGGCGAGACACUGGCUGGACCACGCGCCAUUCCUGUCACCAAACCCCUGGUACCCUAAAGUCAUAGACGAUACGGAGACACGCCACCAGCUCGACCUGGCCAGAACAACACUGAAACAACGCAUCGCUGCAGGCCAUUCAUCCCCGUCUGACGGCAUCAGUGUCACCGAAGACGACGUCUUCCUCUAUCAAACGGGAAUGACCGCCAUUGUCGAGACCGCAGCCGCAGUCAAGUCGUUGCUCCGGUUCUCAGUUCCCGGCGCGCGCUCCCGGGUUGCCGUGUUCGGCUUCCUCUACGUAGACACGUACAAAGCCCUCGACCGCGUCCUCGGCUACACCCCAAUCCUCUACAAAUCCUCCCCCGCCGACAUAGACACCUUCGAAUCCCUCCUGACCACCUCCCCUCGCCACCACAUCGCCGCGGUAUUCACCGAAUUCCCCGGCAACCCCCUCCUGCAAUCCCCGGAUCUAUCCCGCCUCCACACCCUCUCACGAAAGCACAACUUUGUGCUCGUAGUCGACGACACGGUCGGAACCAGCGCCAACGUGCACGUCCUACGCUCCUGCGACGUCGUCUGCACAAGCCUGACCAAGAUGUUCAGCGGCGGGUGCAACGUCAUGGGCGGGGCCGUGGCCAUCUCCCCCGUGUCACCCUUCGCCGCGAAUAUUAAAGAGUCCCUUCAUGCCCAGCAGCAAGACGACGAGGCUGAAAAGAGUGCCUGGUACUGGGAGGACGUGCUCGUCAUGGAGCGCAACAGCCGCGAUUUCACCGAGCGCGUGCGCAAGGCCAGCGGGAACGCCCUGGCCCUGGCCGGACUGCUGCGCGCGCACCAACCGGCAAUUGUUAGAGAGGUCUAUUACCCCGCUGGAUCCCCGACGCAGGGGGUGUAUGAUGCGUACCGAGUGUCGGGGGGCGGCGGGUAUGGGUUUCUGCUGUCGAUACGGUUUGUGUCGCCGGGGAGGGCGGUGGCGUUCUAUGAUGCGCUGGAUGUGGCUAAGGGGCCGAGCUUGGGGACGAAUUUCACGCUGUGCUGUGCCUACACGCUCUUGGCGCACUAUAAGGAGCUGGAGUGGGCGGCGGAGUAUGGUGUUGUGGAGGAUCUGGUUAGGAUUAGUGUCGGGUUGGAGGACUGGGCGUGGUUGGAGGAGCGGGUUGUGAGAGCGUUGAGGGCUGCUGAGGCGUGUCGGGAUGAGGAACAGAAUGGGAGUUGA